AUAGAGCUGCUGCGACGUGCUGAGUGAGUUGAUUCUUCAACUUCUGACGCUAAGGACGCGAGUCCUUCAACAACACAAAUACAAGGACGUCUCAGCUUUUAGGUCCUUAUUUUCCUUCCCAUUUCUCUUUUUAAUCCUUAUCUUCUGUUUAGAAAUGUUUCACGACAUUCUGUCGCUGUAAAUUUCGCCUUUUCCAUCAUGUAAAUCUAACAUUUUGAAGCACCUGCCAGCCUGACUCAUCCUGGGAUUUCAAGCGGUGGAAAAUUCGUCUUUAUCGGAACAACGUUUUAAUGUUAUGGUCCCUUUCUGUCGUCGGUAAAAAUGAACUGCUUCAAUCAAAAGCUGAGACGGACCGCUCCAAUGCGGGGCAGCAGCAGAAAUGAGCUGGUCCCCUCCAAGCCUCCCCGAGUGAACGGAUGGUCAUGGCCCCUGCAGGCUUUCCAAGUGGCAGGCUGGAUGGUGUACAGCUACUUGGCUAUAGUCAGUUUCGGCAUCUUCAUCCCUCUUCUACCUGUGCCGUGGAACCAUGUGCUUUACGCCCUGACGGGUAUAACAUUUAUUGUGCACUUCUUCACACAUAUAGCUACUCUGACUAUAGACCCUGCAGAUGCAAGUGUGAGGGCAAAGCAGAGUUAUUCCAGCCCAAUGCCGCUGUUUGACCGAACAAAGCAACCACAUGUCAUCCAGGACCUGCACUGUUAUCUAUGUGAUGUCAAAGUGGGCCCCAAAGUAAAACACUGUGGUGUUUGCAACAAGUGUGUGGAAGACUUUGACCACCAUUGCAAGUGGCUGAACACCUGUGUAGGAGGCAGAAACUACUGGUGCUUCUUUGUGGCACUGGUUUCCGCCACGCUCGGGGUCUUUCUGCUUGUUGUUGUCAUCUUGUUUGUCUUUAUUCAGCAUUAUCUUGAUCCAAAUAGCCUUCGAACUGCUCCACAGUUUGACAGUCUUCUGGGUAAUGGUACUUGGUUGAUGUUUUUACCCUUAGCACCCAUAAAAACUACUUCAGCAGGCCUUGUUAUUUUAGCCUUCCUAACAGUCAUGCUGAGCAUUACCUGCCUGCUGCUGUUCGCCCACCUGUUGGGCUUCCACUUCUACCUCUUUUACAAAGGUAUAAGCACAUAUGAUUAUGUUAAAAUGCAGCGGCAAAAAGAAGCCAGGCACAGAGACACUGAAGCGGGAAAUCCACACAAUGUAAAAAUCAAUAACAAGACCCCACAGAAUCAAGCAAGCUCAAUUGACUGUGAGCCAGCUUUGUCACAGACUUCAAGUUCCUGCACAUUUGAAGAUAAAGGCCAACUCACUAGCCGACUUUCAGAGUCUAUAUGCACUGAGCUGGACAAUUUUAAGAAAUCAACUGAGAAGGAGAACGGUUUUCCUUAUAGGACGGACGAUCUAACAGAGAAAACAGCAAGGGAAAUGUCUGUAGGUGAUAUGAAAAGCUGGAAGCAUGAUGUUGAUGAAGUGGUCCGGAGUGAUAGUGUGAAGUCGGUGGAUGGUGUCCCCGAGGUGCAGGAUCCUCUGGGCAGCUCAGUGGUGACUCAAGAGGAUACAUAACUCGAUAUUUUACUCUCUGGAACUAUUUAUUAUGAUAUUAUGCUUCAGGAAACUGAGCCACACAACAAUGGACUAUUUUUUAUUGGAAUAUAACAGGCAAUUUUUUAAAGACUUGACAUACCAGUGUGAUACAGAUCAUGGACGUUUUUUAUACAUGCUUCAUAACUGUGAGGCCAUUGUUGUGUUUUAUCUGUUUUUUAAAACUAUACUGUUUUUUUAUGCCAGCGGUUAAAUUAUUCAAAGCGUUGUUUUAUCUUACUAUGUGUAUAGAGAGCCAAAGUCCCGCCCUUCUUUCAGGUUAGCCUCUGUUGUAUUGUCUCCAUUAAGAUGAAGGGAUUGAAUUAAUUUUGCACAAUCCUAAAGCAGAAAUAUUUUGGCCAAGUUACUUUAGGUUUCUUAAAGAACUUGUUUUGGUGCUUGCAUUUUUGUAGAUGAAAGGAGCAUAGCAGUUACUAACCUGAAAUGGGGACAACUGUCUUUCUUUCUGUUUUUUUAAAUUGCUGAUUUUUUUAAUUUAAGUUGACUGUGUUUAGUGACUGU